GCACCCGCUGAUCAAACUUACUGGGGGCUAACCUUUGUUUCGCUUUUGGUUAUGCCCUGGGGCAUGGAUAUGUCAUUUCCUGCGGCGACGAUUAUUCUUUCUGAUGCGGUUGGCAGUCGCCAUCAAGGAGUUGCCGCAUCUUUCGUCACCACUAUAGUCAACUAUAGUAUAUCGCUAGGACUUGGAUUUGCCGGUACCGUCGAGGUUCAUGUCAACAAUGGCGCUUUAAACCCUCAGGACACUCUAAAUGGGUAUCGCGGUGCUUACUAUAUGGGUAUCGGCUUGGGUGGCCUUGGGGUUGCGGUCAGCUUAACAUAUCUAGCAAAGUCCUUUGGCGGAUUGAUAUAUAGGCAGGGGCGAGAAAAAGGCCACGAGGUAUCGACGGUUUAG